AUGACGCCGCAGAUCUCUUACCCAUCGGGCUGUGACGUCAAUGUUCAGGAGCUCUCCAGCACCGUGGGCGCCGUGGGCGGCACCCAGAGGAGGCGAUUGGCCCAGCAGAUUGAAAGCGGUGAUGUGUUGAGGAACACGUUGGAGAUCUACCGUGUCUGUGACAGAAACGCAUCGGGUAAUCUUCAGUGGGCCAACGGGGAGAUCCAGGACUUCAUCUCCUUGGUUUUCCAGCAGCAUGGCCUACCGCCACCCAGCCCGACGGACAUGUACCAGCUCUUCCUCCGAUUUGAUGAGGCCAUGUUCCUGUAA